UAAAACGAUGCAGGUGGAAGAAAUUCUGACGACAGACGUGAAACCCGGGUGGGUAAAGGGCACAAAGAUCACAUUCUCAGAGAAAGGAAACGAGCAGCCUUUCAUGAUCCCGGCUGACCUUGUCUUGGUCAUAGAUGAGAAGCCCCAUUCCGUGUUCACCCAUGAUGGCAAUGACCUGAUCGUCACCCAAAAGGUCUCCCUGACAGAGGCCCUGACUGGCUGCACAGUGAAUCUUCCGACCUUAGACGGUAGGAGGCUGACCAUCCCGAUCAACAAUGUGAUCCACCCUGACUACGAGGAGGUGGUACCAAGGGAAGGGAUGCCUCUGCAGAAAGAUCCCACUAAGAAAGGGAACUUGAUAAUCAACUUCAUCACCAAAUUCCCGGCGAGAUUGACGGCCGAGCAGAAGGCGAGAAUCAAGAAGCUUCUGGAUCAUCUUCUUCUUGGCGAACGUUGAACAGAAGAAAAAAGAUGGAAGAAAGGGUCGGGCUUUCGUGGUGUGCUCUAUAGCAUACAUAAGAGCAAAAGAGACGGGUGGUCCGUUCUUUUGGUCUAUUGGAGUGUACGAUUUAUGGACUGUCUAAGAGACGGGAAAAUGGAAAAGCUAAUCAUUCCUUAGAGAGAGGAGAGCCGAUGCCAUGGCGGCGUGUGGGGAAGACGAGGAAG